CUGGGAAACUUCGAUGAUAUAAAAUAUAAACCAAGAAAUAGCUUGCUCAACACACGGAAAACAUACACAGCACAUUUUCAACACAUUUUUCAUGUCGUUCCUGAACAACUGACCUAGCCAAGUCAAGAGUCAAAUGGUGUAGGCCUAGAUCCAAGUUAUGAAAGCUUCGCAAAUAUUACCACCAGAAAAUCCAGUGUAAAGCACUAUGGGGAACACUUGUGUUGGUCCUAGCAUUAAAAAUGGGUUUCUUCAGUCGGUUUCUGCGGCAAUGUGGAGGUCGCAAUCGCCAGAUGAAUUGGCAUCCAAUCGAGAAAGUGUAAAGGAGGAAGCAACCAAUGAACCUGAAUCUGGGUUGCCUGUCCAGAACAAACCUCCUGAGCAGUUAACUAUGCCAAAACAUGAGGCAAAAGAAAAAUUAAAACCAGAAUCAAAGUCAAAAGUGGAAAUGGAACCGGAACAGGAGAAGAGUAAACACAGGAAACCAGCUUCUGUGAAGAGAGUUUCGAGUGCAGGGCUUCGUGUUGAUUCUGUUUUACAAAGAGAGACUGGUAAUUUCAAGGAGUUCUUCAGUUUGGGAAGAAAACUUGGACAGGGACAGUUUGGGACAACAUUUUUAUGUGUUGAGAAGGCAACAGGACAAGAAUUUGCCUGUAAAUCCAUUGCAAAGAGGAAGCUGGUAACUGACGAGGAUGUCGAGGAUGUGAGGAGAGAAAUUCAGAUAAUGCACCACUUGUCUGGCCAUCCAAAUGUUAUUUCCAUUAAAGGUGCUUAUGAGGAUGCGAUAGCGGUUUAUGUUGUGAUGGAAUUAUGUGCAGGUGGUGAGCUUUUCGAUAGGAUUAUUCAGCGUGGACAUUAUACUGAAAGAAAGGCUGCCGAUCUUAUUCGGACCAUAGUUGGGGUUGUGGAAGCUUGUCAUUCUCUUGGUGUGAUGCAUAGAGACCUUAAACCUGAGAAUUUUCUUUUUGUGAAUCAGCUUGAGGAUGCACUUCUCAAAACCAUUGACUUUGGAUUAUCCGUGUUCUUUAAGCCAGGUGAUAUAUUUAAUGAUGUGGUUGGCAGCCCAUAUUAUGUUGCCCCAGAAGUUCUGCGAAAGAGGUACGGUCCUGAAGCAGAUGUUUGGAGUGCUGGAGUUAUCCUGUAUAUUCUUUUGAGUGGAGUUCCUCCAUUUUGGGCAGAAAAUGAACAAGGAAUAUUUGAACAGGUUCUGCGUGGUGAUCUUGAUUUCUCGUCAGAUCCCUGGCCUGCAAUUUCAGAAAGUGCUAAAGAUUUAGUAAGGAAAAUGCUUGUUCGGGAUCCUAGAAGGCGGAUGACUGCCCAUCAAGUACUAUGUCAUCCAUGGAUUCAAGUUGAUGGUGUUGCUCCGGACAAGCCACUUGAUUCUGCUGUACUAAGUCGCCUGAAACAAUUUUCUGCUAUGAAUAAACUUAAGAAAAUGGCUCUUAUAGUUAUUGCAGAGAGCUUAUCUGAAGAAGAAAUAGCUGGCUUAAAGGAAAUGUUCAAGAUGAUAGAUACAGACAACAGUGGUCAAAUAACUUUCGAAGAACUUAAAGCUGGCUUGAAAAGAUUUGAUGCUAAUCUUAAGGAAUCUGAGAUCUAUGAUUUAAUGCAAGCAGCUGAUAUAGAUAACAGUGGAACAAUUGAUUACGGCGAGUUCAUUGCUGCAACCUUGCAUCUUAAUAAGAUUGAAAGAGAAGAUCAUUUAUUUGCAGCCUUUACAUACUUUGAUAAAGAUGGAAGUGGUUAUAUUACCCAAGAUGAACUUCAACAGGCUUGUGAUGAGUUUGGCAUUGAAGAUGCCCGCUUGGAAGAGAUAAUCAAAGAAAUCGAUCAAGAUAAUGAUGGGCGCAUAGAUUAUAAUGAGUUUGUGGCCAUGAUGCAGAAUGGAAGCCUUCCCAUGGUUGGUAGAAAGGGCGUAGAACAUAGCUUCAGCAUUGGUUUCAGGGAGACAUUAAAACUAUAAAUUUCAUUCAGUAUUGCGAUUUCGUUCAUUUAUUUCUUCGUUUUUUUUAUCAAGUUCCUCGUUACCACUCUCAUCCCACCGUUUUCCUUUGAAGGUUCAAUGUUUUAAUGCACAAGUAAUGGUUGAUCGUAUUGGGGCCAGUUGACUCUUGAAUUACGACGGCUAUUUCCUAUUUGUUUAUUUAGUUAUGGAUAAUCGAUUUUUGUAAUUAAAAGAAUGUAAUGAACAGAAUGAUCUUGGUUUACUUUAGUGCUGUACAGAGAAUUGAUUAUUUUUAA